CUAGUUUCGUAGGUGACGUGUCCUUUCUGGGACUACAAUUCCCAGCGUGCCCUACACAAACGCACCUACAUUUGACAAUGAUGUGGAUUUGAAAGGCGAUGCCGCUCCACUGGAGCCGUUCUGAAGUGAAGUGAAGUGACUGAGGCCGCAGUCGCAGCAAUGUACGCACUGGUUGCGCCGGCGAGGCGGGCAGUGGUGACGGGCCGGAGCGCUCGGUGUUGGGCCAGGCUGCCGGUGAGCUGGUGGUUCGCGGACCGUGGAGAGGGUCUGGCCGGCGCCCAGGGCUCCGCUGCCAGCCUAAUCACGGAGGGGGCGGCCUCGCUUCUCCGGGACCACUCUAGGAAUGGCGACAGGGUCCUCAGCAUCGCUAACAUGAACCCGCAGGUCCGCGCCACUGAGUACGCAGUGCGGGGACCUAUCGUCAUUAAAGCGGGAGAGAUCGAGAAGGAGCUGCAACAGGGUGCCCAGAAGCCUUUCACGGAAGUAAUCAAAGCUAACAUCGGAGAUGCUCAUGCAAUGGGACAGCAGCCAAUCACAUUUCUGAGACAGGUUGUUGCUCUUUGUACUUAUCCAGAACUGCUUGAAAGUCCGCACUUCCCUGCUGAUGCAAAGGAGAGAGCCCGACGUAUUCUGCUGUACUGUGGGGGUCAAAGUCUAGGUUCCUACAGUGCAAGCCAGGGUCUGAAUUGUAUACGUCAAGAUGUUGCUAAGUACAUGGAGACAAGAGAUGGAGGAGUUCCUGCAGAAUCUGAUAAUAUUUAUAUUACUACUGGAGCAAGUGAUGGAAUAACUACCAUUAUGAAACUUUUGGUGUCUGGGGAAGGGAGAAUGCGGACUGGAGUAAUGAUUCCAAUUCCACAGUAUCCCCUAUACUCAGCAGCCAUCUCCGAGCUAGGAGCCACCCAAAUCAACUAUUACCUGGAUGAAGAAAAUGGCUGGGCUCUGGAUAAAAAUGAACUGAAACGAAACCUGAAUGCAGCAAGGGAAUAUUGCAACCCCAAGGUUCUUUGUAUUAUUAACCCAGGAAACCCAACUGGCCAAGUGCAAAGCAGAAAAGGUAUUGAGGAUGUUAUUCGUUUUGCUUAUGAGGAAAAACUCUUCAUUCUGGCAGAUGAGGUAUACCAGGAAAACAUAUAUUCUGAGGACUGCAAAUUUCACUCAUUCAAGAAGGUGUUAUAUGAGAUGGGUCCGGAGUACUUCAGCACAGUAGAAUUGGUCUCAUUUCAUUCCACAUCCAAAGGAUACACAGGAGAAUGUGGAUUUAGGGGUGGUUAUAUGGAAGUUAUUAACAUGGACCCUGAGGUUAAGGCUCAGCUUGAGAAGCUAUUAUCAGUUCGGCUGUGCUCCCCUGUCCCAGGGCAAGUUGCCAUGGAUGUUGUGGUAAAUCCACCAAAGCCUGGAGAAGAAUCUUAUGAGCUGUUUACAUUGGAAAAAAUGAAGGUAUUGCAUAACCUUGCUGAGAAAGCUAAGUUAACAGAGGAUGUCUUGAAUACAAUUCCUGGAAUGCACUGCAACCCUCUGCAAGGAGCUCUGUAUGCAUUUCCAAGAAUAUUUGUUCCUCCCAAGGCAAUCAAAGAAGCUGAGAAUGACCAUUCUCCUUCCUAUUGAGAAGCUAAAAGUGUUAUUGCAGAAUGUGAAGAAUUUCCAUAUUCAGUUUCUUCGGAAAUACGCAUGAGCAUAGUUGAUUUUUAUUUUCACCAGAGAAAAUAACAUCUAAAUGUUCAAUUUACUGUUCCCCAAUUUUUAUUACCAUGUAAAAUGAAUGUUCACUGAAAUAAAAUGGCAUAAUUAUGGCCUACAAAUCUCAAUUGCUGCAGCUAUUUGCCAGUUUGGUAUUGUGACACCAACUUGUACUGCACUUUUUUUGAUAGUACUUCCAAUGUAAACAUAAGUACUAUUUGUUGGAAACAUUGGUUUUGUUGCACUUCAAGAUUUUUUUUAAUGAAAAUAUUUCUAGCAACAAACAGUAUGAUGUCAAAUAUUUUUCUAGGUUCAAGCCUCUAAUCGUAAAUUGCCAGAAAUAUGCUCUGGUCAAAAGCAGACAUUUGGGGUUGUGCCUUCUUUUUGCCUGAUAGCCCAUGUGUUGUGGGUGGCACUGCAUUAACUGGACUAGUGAACGGCCUUUAUUACACUUAUGUAGCAAGACCAUAUCUUCAGUCGAGGUAGAGUAUUGGUGUGUAUACAGAUGGAUUUUCAGCAGGUUAAAAGCUGAUGCCUGAAUUCACUGAUCAAAUGCUAAAUUGUAACACUGCCAAGUGAAUGGAUUUUAACAAUAAUUCAAAGCAUUUGGCAGUGAGAUUUUUUUUCUGAACAAUAGAUGUAAUGUUUACAUUUUUACCUUUAUAAAGCUUGGGAGGACAAAUGUUACAACUGUCUUUGUAAAUUACAUUUCUGAAUUUGGUUUUCUAUUCAAGGGCUUCCAAGUAGAUGAAUUCAGUAAAACGAAACACAGAUUGGCUUGUCGCAGGAGAGGGGGGAGAAAACUGCAGUCUGCAAGACUUUGUUUGGAAAAAAGGAUUUUCUUAUGUCUUUCUUUCUGAUAAUGUUUUGAGCUUAUCUAUGUUAAUGUCAAUGAACAAGAAAUAUCUGUUCCAAUAAAUUGCCUUUUUUGCUCUUUAAAUUUAA